AUGCAGCCAGAGCUACAUUUCGAAGGCGCCACUGAGGUAUGCACCACCUCCCACGAAGAUCGCGAAGGAAGUUCUGUGAAGUUGCAAAUCGUCCCCGGAAGUAUGUAUCCAUGGCAGCCGGAGAUGAACGGCGCUUCAUAUGUAGGUAUCUGGAUAAAGUCGAAAUGGAUGGUAGCUGGCAUGGCGCUGUCGGUUGAGGAAGGUGACGAGUUAGGCUCAGAGCCCAUCUUGCCCGGUAAAGAAUACUCCUUCAUUUCGGGUCGUGUUCAACUGAACGACUUGCCUUCCCAGGCGUAUUUCGAUGUCAUCAAGCGCUGGUUGGCCAACUGUGAGGCCAACCACAGAAUGUGUGAUAAUGAUAUUCCAGAGUUGCCAAAGCGAGUGAUAUACGUGGCCGAAGAGGGCAAAAGCCCAUAUCUUGUACGAGGAGAGGGUACAUACGCUCGCUAUGCGGCACUGAGUCAUUGCUGGGGCCGUUCAAGAGAAGGAAUGACUACGACCGAGAAUCUGGAAGCACAUAUGCGUUCCAUAGACUGGGCUACGCUUCCGAAGACGUUCAAGGACGCCAUAAUUACCUGCCGUCAACUUGGUGUGAAGUAUAUAUUUAUCGAUAGGCUGUGUAUCGUGCAGGAUUCGAAAAUUGACUGGGAAGAGCAGUCGGCGCUCAUGGGCUCGAUCUAUCAUGAUAGCACCCUCACCCUGGCAGCAUCGGUCUCCAAUGACUCUUCAACCGGAAUUUUUGUCCCGUUAUAUCCUUCUGAGAACUUCAGGAACGAUGUUGUCAUACUACCACCAUCAUUUGGGAACUGCAAAGGUCAAGCUUUCCUCACUGCCCUCACUUUCGUCCAAGGAUGCGUGCGCCUGGCACUAGACAAGGCGAGUUUCAACAUUUUGAAUACAAGAGCAUGGGUAAUGCAGGAGAGGUACUUGUCCCGAAGGACACUAUGUUUCCUUGAACGCGAGGCGAUUUGGUGCUGCUGUGAAAUUAUACAAGAUCAGAACGGCCAAGUCAUGAGCCCGGGAAUCACCACCCUGAACUUACGAACGGGACUGAAAGCACUGGCCAGGGCCUAUGAGAGACCCUGGCUACUUGAGGGAUCAGAAGAUGAGAAUGAUGAGAGAGCUCAAAUAUGCUCGAAAGAAGGUUUCGUCUGCACUGUCAAUCAGGAGGAUACUGUUGACGAAGAUUCCCGUCUUGAUCCAUCGAAGCCACUGCCUAUUCUAGUCCAUGUUACUCAGGACGGAAAGCUCGGCCAUCUCCUCGAUCUACGCGCGCCUCCAUAUCGCACUCCCACUCCACCGACUCUCAUCCGACCAAGCGACGAACCUGCUUUCUACAGGUUCCUCGUAAGCAUCAUCCGGUCUACAGUAAACAACCUCUGGUACUCCACAGUAGACGAGUACAGCAUGCGCCAGCUUACGGUCCCGUCAGACAAGCUUCCAGCCAUGGCAGGCAUAGCAUCACGCGUACAGGCCAUUACACACGAUGACUAUCUCGCGGGUCACUGGCGCAGAGGGAUCGAGCGCUCGCUGUUCUGGAACGCCAACACAACGCAUCCAUGCGAGCAUCCUGCGAGAGCACUAAGAUAUCGAGCGCCUUCCUGGAGCUGGGCAAGCAUUGAUGGGAACAUAAGUUCGCCCUCUCUUAUUUUAACUUCUGAUGAGGUCAUGCCCCCGUCUGUCCAGAUGAUUGAAGCGAGCACUCAAAUCGAUGGCAAAAAUCCUUUUGGAUCCGUGAGCGACGCGAGGCUCAUCAUCAAAGCUUGCUGCAUAAAAGCCUGCUGGAAUGCUGAACUUGCAAUGUUCCGGUUGGCGGGCUGCUUUGAGGCCCAAACACCUGUACUGGGUGUGGGCAAAUUACAACUCACCAGUUCGAAUAGUCUUGACGGCACGUCAGUUGGGUACUGGUUCUACGACGACCGAAAGCAUGGUGUACUGCCCGGCCCGCCUCUUGGUAGUUCUCCUUCGGAAGAAGAGUUGGACAGUAGAUUGACGUGCCGGUUUGCGAUGGAUGCUGCCAUAACUGAUGGUUUCUAUGAUGACUUUACGAAACUUCCGGUACCGGAGAGAGUCAGCUAUAUCCCGGAGGAAGUCACCUUCGUCAAGGGAUGUACUAGUAAGUCAGGAGAACGCUCCUACAUCAAGGUUUUGGUCUUGGCGGCAGCCGAGACCGGAAAGGGUGUGUUUAGAAGGAUUGGCCAAGGUACGCUGUACAGUUGGAAUGAAGAGGUGGAGAGUGUAGAGGUCUUGACUAUCGUCUGA